GGAAGCGCAUCAACAUUGUCUUUAGUCUCUAGAAGUCAUCCCUUUCACAGAUUAUUUGAAAUUUAAUGUUCUGUCAGGAAAGACACCCUCUAGCUGAAACGUAAGCGUUUAUAAUUUCGAGUAAAUUUUGUGUUCUCGACAUGGAAACACUCUCAAGUAUACCGCGUUAACCCAGACAACUCGUUCCUAGAGGUGUUCAUCCAACAUAUAAUAAUUGUAAUGUUUAGACGCUUUUUAAAUUAGAGAGAGAGAGCUAUUGAGGUGGACUAUGAACGAGUCGGAAAAAGAAGGAGAAGAGCAAGUUUACGACCUCAUCGAAGACACAGAUGAUAAUUCAAACGGGAAUGAAGGAGUGGAAAAAACAGCUGCUGUAGGAGAAAGUUUGGUAACAGGAACUGAUGAAGUCGAUCAAAGUUUGGCUGCCGCGCAAACAGACGACACCUUUGGUGAAACAAAGAACAUAUUACUCAAACUCAGAGAGAAAUUUCGACGUCGUAAAUGUUCAGAAGAUUCAUCAGCAGAACAUUUUGAUUCUGAAGAAACAAAUGAAUCUUUGACAGCGUACUCAAGCAUCGAAGACAAUGAAUUACCAAAAACUACAACUAGACUUUCACUAAUGCACAAAACGCUUAGUUUUCCUGGCUUCGCUAAAGAUCGGUCCUUCAGUCGGUCGGGGGCGAAACGUUCUCGAUCAAAGUCAUUUUCUAUUCGAAUGCAAUCCAAGGAAAUGGAGGCAAAAAGGGAGGAGGACACGUUUGAGUGUAGUAAACAAGCUGGUGACACCUGCAGCACAUCCAGCUGGCUGAAUUUCGAAACUGCACAGGGAAAUCCAUUUGUAGAACCAACAAAGAAAAGAGCAGUUCCUCCUCCCCCUCCUCCCAUACUUCUGCCAUCACACUUUACUAGAAAAAAACAAAGACAGCUUGUAAAAUCGUUGACAAUAUCGCUCGAUGAACUAGACCCAUGUGAUAGAGGAUUUAGGCCAGUGCCGACCAUUGAAGGUGUCGACAGGCAGUUGAAUGCUAAGUGUCCGCAAACAGCUACUGAAAUAAGCUGCCAGCAAUACUCAUUUCCAUUAAUCAAAUCUUUAGAGUCACUUUCACAUCACAGUUGGUACUGGGGGCCUAUAGACCAGUUUGAAGCUGAGGUUUAUUUGCAAGAUAAACCUGAUGGUUGCUUUUUGGUCCGGGACAGCUCCCAUGAAUUCCACUUGUACAGUGUAAGUUACAGGUGUAGAGGAAGAACCUGCCAUACAAGGAUUCGCUAUGGAAAUGGUAUGUUUUACUUUGUUGCUCCUCCAGGUGAAAUGGGAACUAAAACAGUGGUAGGACUCAUCAAGAAAUCCAUGAAAAUGUCCUUAAAAGGGCCAAUGUGUUUUUCAAAGGCAUCAACUUUCCUAGGCUUUCCCACUUUUCCCAUUCGACUUACAACACCAGUUUCAAGGUUUGGAGAACUUCCCUCUCUCCAACAUCUUUGCAGGUUUGUUAUUAGACAAAAUUCACGCUACGACAAGCUUCAUGAAUUACCGUUGCCAUCCAAGAUUAUUAACUAUCUGAAUGUAGAUAAUCAUUUCCUGGAAAAUGAAGGGAAAGAAAAUUUAUCCCUCUCAUAGGUCCAAGAACCAUUAUUUAUCAAUAAACCAGUGGCCGUACUCUUGUUGUACAUGAUUUAUUUAGUAAUGUUUUUGUCAUCAGAUCAGAAAUGUCAUUCUCCAAGUGCUUACAGUUGUAAUUGAUUAGAGACACUGCUACAAAAUUCUGGCCACUAAAUAGGUAGAAAAAGUUGCUAAUUGCACAAACUAUGUUGGUGGUUUGACAAGUAUCAAGCUCUAACAGAUCCUAAUUCAAACUGAGUGUCAAUUACUUAUAAAUAUUAGCAUACAAUGUUACUCAUCCUUAGUUAUCUACAUGCAAGUCUCAAGACCAUGUGCAAGAGUAUGUGGUGCAAUAUUGCACAGAUAUAAUUUUUUCCUUAUUUGGUUCUUCACAUUUUAUUUGACAAACUUUGAGCUUUGAGCCCUGUUCUGAUUUUUUUCCUACUCUCAAAUUUCAACUUGAUCUAGGAGAUUUUCAUAAUUAUCUAAUGGUUCAACCAGGUCCAGCAUUAAUGGAACCUGCCUUAGUAUACCAACUUUUAAAAAAUAUCCAAACUGACAAAACUGCAAGUGAAUUACAUCCAUAGAGGACAGAAAUUCUGAGCCUAUUUUUGGCAGUGAGAAUGUCGCAGAACAAAUGGAUUCUUAAAAUACUAUGAUUUAGGCAAAUUGAAGGUAUAUGCUGUUAUUUGGCAUUCAGGCAUCAGCUUUUAACUCUGAAAACAAAACAACAGUUGUGCAAGAAGGAUCAGAUCUUUUCCCUUCACAAGCAGUGACAUAAACACUUUCAAAACAUUCUUGCUGGCUUCAAAAUGUUAUCUGUCCAUAGACAAAACAGUUUCUGUUAAAAUCAGUAAUAAUAUCUUAGGGUUAAGGGGUCAAGGGUUAGGGUUAACCCUAACCCUAAGAUUUACAAAUUCCCCUCAUCAA